GCCACCCACGUGGGCCUGCCCGGAAUGCGGGCCUUGGGGGAGACGUUGGGGGCACGGCGGCCGUGCUAGCCGCUGAUCGGGCGGCCUCCUCAGGUUCAGUCCGGGAGGGCUUGGGGCUCCCCUCCCCCAGCCCCAAAGGGCCUGAAGGAGGGUCACCAGGAGGUCAGCAGAGCAGACGUGACUCCCUUUCACAAUUGUCAAGAGUGGUCGUCUCGAUGACGGCUGACAUUUAUUGAGCGCUUAGUGUCUACCUCUCGCCUCCUUGAAUUCAUGUGAUAGCCCACUAAUGUGUGUCCGCCCAUUUUCCGGAUGGGGGAGCUGAGGCGCAGUCACACAGCCCGUCGGUGGCCAAGUCAGGAUUCGAACCGGAACCAUCUAUGUCCUGAAGCCCCAGAGAGGCGGGAGUGGGUUGGGGGGAGGGGGGGUGGCAGGCCCCAGGACCUCCACCGGAAGUGUCAGAUCCUCCCCAGCUUUGGCUUAGGCAGACGGGCCAUUGGAGUCCCGUACCUGCCACUUGUUAGGGGACGCCAGGCAAGGAAUAUCCCCACCGCUGGCCUCAGUUUCUCCUUUUAGAAGACGGGUGCCAGAGUGCUGAGUUCCCAGAGCUGCCCCCUGAAAGGAACCAGCAAGCUCCCGGGGAUGGGGGCCGGGGCCAUUCCCGCCCCCAUUUAAGGGGGAAGGGAUUGAGGGCUAUCUGCCUUCCGACCCCACCCAGCAGCCCCACCCCAGCCCCGCAUGAAGGGGAGAGCUGAGCCCCCUCCCCGAAGGCCGUGUCCCCAGGGAGAUGUGAGCUCAUGCAAGGAGAAUGUUCCCAAGUUGGAGCGGCGUCUGCUGGCUCCAGCAGGGCCGAGAGGCCACCUGCAGUCUGGUGCUGCAGACUGACGUGAGCCAAGCCGAGUGUUGUGCCACCAGCAACAUUGACACCGCCUGGUCCAACUUCACUCACCCGGGGAACAAGAUCAGCCUUCUGGGCUUCUUGGGCCUUGUCCACUGCCUCCCCUGCAAAGAUUCGUGCGAGGGCGUGGAGUGCGGCCCCGGCAAGACGUGCCGCAUGCAGGGGGGCCGCCCGCGCUGCGAGUGCGCGCCCGACUGCGCUGGGCUCCCGGCGCGCCUGCAGGUCUGCGGCUCCGACGGCGCCACCUACCGCGACGAGUGCGAGCUGCGCGCCGCGCGCUGCCGCGGCCACCCGGACCUGCGCGUCAUGUACCCAGGACGCUGCCGCAAGUCGUGCGCGCACGUGAUGUGCCCGCGCCCGCAGUCGUGCGUGGUGGACCAGACCGGCAGCGCUCACUGCGUGGUGUGUCGCGCGGCGCCCUGUCCCGCGCCCUCCAGCCCCGGCCAGGAGCUCUGCGGCAACAACAACGUCACCUACGUGUCCUCGUGUCACCUCCGCCAGGCCACCUGCUUCCUGGGCCGCUCCAUCGGCGUGCGCCACCCGGGCAGCUGUGCAGGCACCCCUGAGCCGUCGGAUGCGGAGUCGGAGUCGGAGGAGGAGAACUUCGUGUGAGCCCGUGGGGCCGGCUUGGGCCUGGCGUUCAAGGCCUCCCCGUUUUAUUUAUUGCCACAGCCGAGUCUAAUUUAUGUCCCGUGGACACUCCCCAGAGCCUGGGCCGGGACCACUUAGGAGGAGCCCUGGAGCCCCCUGACAAUACCUUGGAAGGAUUGGGGGAAGGGGGCCUCGGAGUGGGGCUGGUAGGUGGGGCUCCCACUCCAGGCAGGAGGACCCCAUGCUUCUGCUCUAGGGGUUAGCUUAAAUUAUGGUCACCACGGAGAGGGCUGGGGAUUGCCUGCCAGCAAUUCAUGAAGAGGCACCCCCGCCUUCUAGACCGCAGGCUGGGAGUAACGAAGGGGUCCACAGCCCGGAUGCGUAUAAAUGAGCCGCAGAACCUGCCCAGGCCCCAGAUAGGCCAAGGAAGCAGCCACCGUCCACAAGCAGCUCAAGGACCCCAGGCCCUACCUUCUCAGUGCCUCCAUUUCCAUUUCCCCAGGACGUCCUGUGGUGGCUCCUGAGAAGAGCCCAGUGUGUCUCCUGGGGUGGGAGAGGCCAGAAGAGAGCACUAUGUGUCGUGGUGCCCAGUGCACUUUGGGCGGGACCCAGCGGGGCCCACGAAGACCCCCUGCUCACCCACCGUGGGGUUUGUGUGCCAAGGCCGACUGCACACCCUGCCUCCCAGAGCUGUAUGUCUUAGCGGCACCCCUCGUCCCUGCUGCGCCAUCCGAAGGGAAGGUCCAGACCAGGACCCCUCGGUCCCAGGAGACUUGCCUUGGCCAAGCCUCUAAGCCCGGUUUCCAGGUGGACCCACCUCCACCACCAGCCUGCUCUGGGCAGGGUCGCUGCCUCCUGUUUGCUCAGUGUCACCGCCCCGUGUCUGCAUGUGGCAGAGGCUCAGACUGGACAUGGGGGGCCCAACAGGCAGGAGCCCACCUCCCCGAGUUUGCAGUGAGCCAUGCAGGGGCCAGUUGUUUUCAUCCUCUCCUGGCCCCUCGGAAGUGCCUUACCUGUGACACCCAGAAAAGUGCCCCUGAGGCCACCUCCGCACCCUGGGGUCCUGCCUCACCAAAGAAAUAAAGACUAUAGAAAGCCA